AGAGUUUAUAAACUCAUCCUCACAUCUGUUAAUUUUUUUUUUUUUUUUUUUGUAAACAAGGUAAAAUUCAUUUGUUUCAAUCUUAAAUGCGAAUGAGACCACUUCGCAAAUUUUGAAGAUCUUUCGUCUAUUUAAAGUCGUUGACAAGAUGAUGAGCUCAAAUUUGCCACUACUUUUUAUGGAUGGUUAUCCAACGACAUUGGAACGUAUGUCGAUUGAAAAAUUAGAAAAAUUUAUUACGUUUAUGGUCCGAUGUUCGUUGGGUCACGAUACAGCCAAAGAAAUAAAAGUACCAUUAUGGUGGCCAAGAGAAGUACCAUUUACGAAUCCAUUUAAACGUGCUAAAAAUUUCCGUUGUGCUGAUUGGAAAGAGCUAUUGUUAAAUCUAAUUACAAAAUGUUACCGUUAUCAUCGUAUGGAAGACAUGAUUGGAUUUAGUGUACAAUUAGCUGAAAUAUCCAAGGAUAAUUUUCGUAUUUUGGAUAAUUGGAAUGGUACAACAUCAUUUUUUGAAAAGUCAACAUCCAAAUUAUUAGUAACCGUUCGUAACGAAUUAUUAACGUACGAUCGUAGAAAAUAUCAAUUACGUAAUAAAUUCCAUAGACGUGUCGAAACAAUUAUUCUAGAACCAGAGGUCGACACAUUUAUUUGUCAAAAUUGCUGUGAAGCUUUUACCACCUUUAAAGCAUUAAAGGGCCAUGAAAGGACGUGUUCAUCUGUGAUUUUAAUCGAUUUAGACGAUCCACUGUACGAUCAUGGCAAUAACGAUAGUAAUUACGACAUAGUAUCUGACACACAUGAUACUAUAUCAGUUUCACCUCCACCGUCACCAUCUUCUUCAAUCACCAGAACAUCAAGAACAUCAGGACAAUCACCAGGACCAGGAACAGAGAUCUCAUCACACCAGCAUCAGGUCACUGAAACGUUUCAAGAAACAUUUUUACAAACAUUUAAUUUAUGUUCGCAUGAAAAAUUACCGCGAUUUAAUGAAGAUCGAGAAAGAGACAGAAGUAAAAAAUCAAUAUCCCCACCACCGUGUAAUAAUCGACGACAAUUGUUAUCGUUAACAAAAUGUCCGAACAUACCAUUCUCCUCGAAUAUUGGACAAAUCUUGUUAAAACGUACUCGAAAAGAACUAACGUCUGAUAACAUACACGAACGGUGCGGUCGUAUUGAACGUUUUACGCGAACAUCACCCGUUAAAAAAUUAUAUCCAAGCCAAAAUCCACAACGUCGUCCAACUACCUAUCCCGUAACGUAUCGACAGCCGAAAGGGGCUCAUAAAAAGGUACAAAGUACGCGUCCAUAUAAUUUUCGAGGACGUCGAUCUAGAUUACAUGGUUUAAGUGAACGUUCGCAAAUUAUUUAUCGGAUGUAUUGUUCGCGAAUUUGUGUCGAAGUGAAACAGUUAACCGAUUUGGAUAUAACGAACAUCAAUACAAAAUUAAAAGGUAAUUAUCCGUUAGAUGAACUUGUAAACGAAACUAAUUUAAUACCCCCUCCAAGUCCUUUGAUUGUUCGUGAUGAUAUUAUCGAAAUAUCCGAUUCAGAAGAUGAACAAUUUGAAGAACAAGAAUAUCAAGUCACAAUGGUCGAAAAUACAAGUGAUUCAAGUGAUGAUGAGAUCGAAUUCGUCGAAGAACCUACAAUUGUUAUAGUUCCAUCUGAUAUCGAAUCAGAGAAUCAAGAUCCACUUGAAGAGCUUUAUGGGAAAACCGAUCAUGGUUUUGGAGCAGCAUUUACAGAUCCAAAAAGACGAUUGUUUGGAACAAUACAACAAUUCUCUGAUGAAGUACCCGGUGUUGUGUGUGUUGAUUAAACAAACAAAAAAACUCGACUACAAAGUGAAUAUUUUAAAAUUGUAUGUGUAAAUUCAUGUUCUAUCACUUCAGUUCCAGUUCCUUUCAGCUAAAAACAUUCUAGCAUCAAACAUCGUUUGAUUUUUAGGUUCUAAAUUCAUGUAAGAUAUUUACAGUAGGUACCGUUCAAUUUCGAAGGGGGCCACCAUACAUUCAAUCAAGCUCUCUCCAAACUCAAGUGAUUUUCUUGAAACAUAACUAAGCUAAGAACAUUUUCCGUUAAAUUGCCUAUCAAAAAAUAAUAAAUCGGUUCAUCCCUUUAGAAGCAACGAAGCUCCAGACAGACAGACAUAGUGGUCAAACUUAUAACACUACUCUUUCUGCGUCGAAUGGUAAUCGCCCAAAAUGGACAUCUUUUCUACUAUUUUUUUGUUUUAGCUUGGCAAAAACUAAUUUGCGAUUUACUGUUAGAAUAAAUCGUAUAUUUUUAACCCCCGGCACAAAAAGUGGGGUGUUAUAAGUUUGGCAGCUCUGAGUGUCUGUCUGUGGCAUCAUAGCUCUUAAACGGGU